CAUUUAUUUUCUUGAUAACUAAUUUGAUUAAUUUAUGAUAGUAAUCAGGUUUCGAUUUUUCCAUAAAAACUACGUUUUUCCUUUGGCUCUUGUGGUUUAAACGAAUCUGACCUUCGUUCUGGUGCUAACUACCUUAAUGGAACUUAACCUAACCGAAUUGAAACUUGGCUACUAUCAUUAAUUGACCACUAAUUUACUUUGACGCACUAUGAUGCCACAUUAGAAUUUUACUUCCAGAGGUUACAUUUCAUCCACAGGAAUGCUUACAAAACUUACCAAUGACAGCUACAUUAUAAUAUAAUAUAUUGGAUAUGAGGUGAAAGUUGAACCAACCCAACUUACGGUACCUAAACUAAGUAACAUAACCUAUCAUGGAUUACAUUACGUUACGUUAGUUAGGUUGAUUUGGUUCAUUUGUACUAUGAAGCUUGGCUUAUAAUUCAACUACUGUACUGUACCCUUAUACAACUAUGGUCGUCAUAUUAUGAUAUACAGUACACAACUGUGAACAACUUAUAUCGUGAAAAAUUGUUCACGUUUUCUGCCCGUUGAAACGUCAUGUGGGCUGACCCCACACCCACAAUGCACUGUGAGCUAAGCAGACACUCUGAGAUGCUGUGUUAGGUAGCUGCAGUACUGUAUUUAGAAUACAUUCGUAUGCAAAAGUUUGCGUUCCCCUAUUCAUCAAUCGCGUUACAACCAAUUCGCGUUGACAAAACACGCGUUGUAGCAGAAAUGACUAUUAAAAUACCCUGUAGUACAGUACAGUAUACAUUCGCCUUCUUUUAGUCAGGUGAAGUGGGAUUCACAUAAUUUGUGCCUAGGUCAAGCAUGGUGUGCUCCUGGGGCCCACUUGGCAACCAUGCUGAAAUAUUAACACGGUAACAGUACUGUACUGUAUAUGAAUCCAGACCAUUUGCAAGAAAUAUACCAUUACAGUUGCUGGUACUUGACCGGGUACAAAAAAAACAUGUACUGUACCCUGUAAGUUGAGGUCUUGGAAUGUUUACAGUGUCUACGGUAUAUGUUCUACAUUAUACUUACCUGUGUCUCUUUAAGUGUAAUGUGGCCAGCCAUACCGGUACCAAUUUAUUCUUGGUGUCACCCGAGUAAUUCUAGUGAUCAAAUGGUGAAUGCGAUGAAAACUUUCAGAUUCUACUUUAUUUAAAGCCAUUAAGAAUUAUCUUGAUACCCAUACCUCUUAUCUACAUGGAAAGGUCAUACAGUAGCUACAUCAAGCCAGGAAUGUUAUCUUCAGCCUUGAACAAGGCAUUAUCUCUCGCUGGUUGUAUGUACUGUACUGUAUAAGUGUACCUCAUAUCAAGUGCCCCUAUCAGUUUGCCCAGUGCCAAGAUCAGUGGACAGGUACAGUAACUGUCUUGCUUCAAAGUGAAUAACUUAAAAAAUUGGCUUGAAGACAUUAGAAUUUUACACAACAACAAAUUUUGAAUCGAUCAAGACAACCAGUUUGUGGCUUCUUCUGUCAUCAUAAUGGCAAACCCCGCAAGGCCAACAAUAACCAAGGAUCUUCUGAUGGCCAUACAACAGACACAGCCAGACAUCAAGACAUUAUCUGGCUAUGAAGAAAAAUUCUCAUUUGGUUUUGGGGUGAGCAUGAAUGAGUGUUACCCAGGACUCUACAUAGGUGACCUUGGUGCAGCUAAGAAUAAGGACUACCUGAAGAAGAAUGGCAUAACCCAUGUGUUAAAUUCUGCUCAGGGUACCAAGUUUGCCACUGUGGAUACUAAUGCUGAGUUUUAUAAGGAUGUUGGUAUCAAGUACAUAGGCAUGAAGCUCCUUGAUGUCCCAACUGCCAAUAUAACCCAGUUUUUUGAGGCUGGGACACAGUUUAUAGAUGAUGCUCUGUCAAGUGGAGGGAAAGUGUUGGUUCACUGCUUUAUGGGUAUUUCACGUUCUGCCACAAUAUCUGCAGCAUACCUAAUGCUGAAUAAAAAUAUGACUGCUGUUGAAGCAAUAAAGACCCUGCGUAAGAACAGGGCUAUAUACCCAAAUGAUGGGUUCCUCAGUCAGUUGGCAGACCUUGAUAACAAGCUGCGUAAAGAACGAGGAGAGCUUUAGUGAACUAGAGCAGUUCACGUUUCUUGUAAAAAAUAUGGAAAUAGCUUUAGAAUACAGAAUUUAUUUACAAGGUGUCUUUUUUUUUUUAUAAACCCUUGAGGUAUUUACUUUUCAGGAAAUAUUUUUGUUUACCUUUUGCAUGUUCACAAAAAAGCUUUUAUCAACUGGUUCACACAACCAUUAUACUCAUUCAUUGUGUGUCUGGUUCUAUGAUGUAUGUUGACUGGUUAACCCUUUAUCUGCAGUUGGUAAAUACUGUAUAGGGUCUCUUUUAUAUUUUUUUUUU